GCCGGCCUCCCGUGGCGGGGCCGGGCCGGGCCCGUGCGGGGCUGCUGGGACGGGCGGGCCGGGCCCCGCCCUCCGCCGGCCGCGGGGGGAGCGGAGCGGCCGGGCCUUCCCGCCACCGUUCCCGCCAGCCCUGCUGGGCCGCGGGCAGCUCGGGCCGCCCCUCCGCCUGCUCCCCCUCCUCCUCCCCGCCAAGCCCGGGGGAGCUGGGUUGAAGCCGCCGAGCGGGAGCUGAGGGCCGGGCGCUGCCCCCCUCGCCCGCCGGUGCUCGCUCCUCCGCCGCUGCCUCCCCCGGCCGCACCUGGGCGCCGAAUGUCGGCAGCCGCGUGCUCCUGUGGCGGGGGAGAGCCCCCGGUUUGGCGGGGGGCAGCGGCCUCGGGGCUGCUUUGGUUUUAACCCCCCGUGAGCUGCAGGGCGUUGCCUCGUCCGCCUGGGCCCGCUGAGAGAGCCUGCAGGUCUGAGGCUCUGCAAUAAAAUACAAACGUCCCUGGGUGAGCUCCCUGGCUUAGGUGUUUGGUAAGGCAGCUAAAUCUGGGCGCCACGUUUCGUUCUGCCUAACAGUAGGAGAUAAGGUUGUGGCCUGUCCCUGCUUUUCUUUAGUUAAACCCUGUCUGUGGCUUGUCUGGGUGUCUGUCCCCAGCUGGCGGCCUUGGAGGACAUCAGUGAGACCGGGGGAUUGACAGGGGCUGCCCCAGAAACCUCUGCUGGUUUGGUAAUGUCAGUUCAGGAUGUGUUUAAAAACGAUGCUUUCUAAGUUAGCUCAGGUCUUAGCACAGUUUAUCACGCUGGUUUGUUCUUAGUGUAGCUUGUUUGCUGAGGGAACUGUUGUUGCUGGAGCUUCUAUAGCCUCGUAUGUAAAUGUGUGUGUAUGCAUAUGUGAACAUGAGCAGAUUGGGCUGGAACACAAAGUCAUUUUCAGUGCAGUCAAGGACCUAGUGAGGAGGAGCCCGGUGGUGAGAUCAGCUGUGGGAGGAGCCCACCAUGAAGCAGAUCAUUGAUCUGGAGCGUUUAACUUUGAUACAGUGAGGCUGGUGCUGUGUUUUAAUGAGGGGAAUGAAACAAUCCCUUGGAGGGCUAUGACCCAGCUUGUGUAAGAUCUGUUUGUACCUUUACCUAGCCACAGCUGGUGCAGAGAGUUAGGAUUACAGUGCUGCUAAUAUUUUAAGUGAACAAGACAGGAGCUUGGUUUAGAGUGUGUGUGAAGAAGCAGUCCCAAGUAGAGGUGUUCCUGGGUUUGAUUAGUGGUGGUGGUAAGGAAACCAGAGAACUUUUGGCAAAGGCAGUUUCCUGGCAUCCUGUGCUUGCUUUUGGAAUACUGCCCUGGAGAAUGAAAUGUGGGAGCUGUUUUCUGGCAGGCCCACAGGCAUUCAGGGCAGAAAUUAAGUACACAGUGCAAAAUUGAGAUGAGAACCUUGGUAGGCAGCUUCAUCUUCAGAAAGAAUAUUCUUCUCUCAUUCUGUCAGGCUAUGAAAAGCUGUUACUAAAUGGGCCAAGGAUAGAGUUAAAAUUGCAGUAAAUUGUCGUGCCUUUCAGUACUGUGACUGAGAUGAUGAUCUCCAGGGCUAGUGUCAUUACAUCCUUAUUCUGAACAAAAGAUCUGAUGGGGACUGAGAAGGUUCUUACAUUAUUAUGGCUGAGUAUUAUGCCCCCUGUAACGAGCACAAUUCUGGUCUGUCAUGAUACGUACUGGUUAAUCAGUUAUUUUGGUAGGUAAAGGGACAUUUGGUGUUAGUGUGCAAGAAAACAAAAUGUAAAAUCAUCAUGGGUUGUUCUUAGGUCACAGUGAGGAGUAAGUUGAUGAAAAGAUGAAGUGUUCUUCACAUAAAUGCAAGACACUGAAGUACAAAGGAUGUUUUAAAGCUAAAGAGCAGGAAUUCUGAGAGGUGUCAUUAGAGUAGUAACCACAGCAACUGAGGCAGUUGAAGUUGAGUCUCAAUUUUGUAUGCAUGCCUUUGAAAACUGAAGGGGCAUUUUUUUCUUUGUUCCUUUAGACUUGAGGGCUGAAGUUCUAGGCUCCUUUUUCACUAAUGUAGCAGGUACUUGUCCAGUAAUAGCAUAAAUCAAAUACCUCAUUCAAAGUAACAGUAAUAACUCUUUUGUUGUUGAUCAACUGACAGGUGAGGGGGAAGGGGGCAAUGGAACUGAGUGUUUUAUUUAAACAGUGUGUUCUUCAUAUGUGUAGGCAAGGGUCCAAGAAAUGAGAGGCAGUAAAAGGAUGGAAGCAGUGAGAAGUCUGCUGGCUAUUUUCAAAAAUAUGAAGAUCCACAGCCUGAGGUGUGCCUUUUCUGUGCUGGAGCUGAAGCACUAUGGAGCAGUACACAGCAAACAGUAACAGCUCCACGGAGCAGAUCGUGGUGCAGGCUGGGCAGAUUCAGCAGCAGCAGCAGGGUGGUGUCACUGCUGUGCAGCUGCAGACUGAGGCCCAGGUGGCAUCCGCCUCAGGCCAGCAAGUCCAGACCCUCCAGGUCCAGGGUCAACCACUGAUGGUGCAAGUGAGCGGAGGUCAACUGAUCACAUCCACUGGGCAGCCCAUCAUGGUGCAGGCUGUGCCUGGGGGUCAGGGCCAGACAAUCAUGCAAGUCCCAGUUUCUGGAACACAGGGUCUGCAGCAGAUUCAGUUGGUCCAGCCAGGUCAGAUUCAGAUUCAAGGUGGGCAGGCUGUGCAGGUACAGGGGCAGCAGGGCCAGACCCAGCAGAUCAUUAUACAGCAGCCACAGACUGCAGUUACUGCUGGCCAGACACAGACCCAGCAACAAAUAGCAGUGCAAGGACAACAGGUAGCACAAGCAGCUGAAGGCCAGACCAUAGUCUAUCAGCCAGUUAAUGCUGAUGGAACCAUUCUCCAGCAAGUUACAGUCCCUGUUACAGGCAUGAUCACCAUCCCAGCAGCCAGUUUGGCUGGAGCACAAAUUGUCCAAACAGGAGCCAAUACCAACACAACCAGUAGUGGACAAGGGACUGUGACAGUGACACUGCCAGUUGCUGGAAAUGUUGUCAAUUCAGGUGGAAUGGUUAUGAUGGUACCAGGAGCUGGAUCAGUACCAGCUAUCCAGAGAAUACCUUUGCCUGGAGCAGAAAUGCUGGAAGAAGAGCCCCUGUAUGUAAAUGCCAAGCAGUAUCAUCGGAUCCUGAAGAGGAGGCAGGCACGGGCUAAGCUUGAAGCAGAGGGAAAAAUUCCCAAAGAAAGAAGGAAAUACUUGCAUGAGUCGCGGCACCGUCACGCCAUGGCCAGGAAGCGGGGAGAAGGUGGACGUUUCUUCUCACCAAAGGAAAAAGACAGCCCUCAUAUGCAGGAUCCAACUCAGGCUAAUGAAGAAGCCAUGACACAGAUGAUCCGAGUCUCCUAACUGCUGCUGAAAGAGAAAAAAUAACUGAAUAAAAUUCCCAUCCCUUCUCCAAGUCUGUCCUUCCCUUUCCAGUGUAUCCAGUGAGUCUUUCAGUGGGACAAUCACCAUAUCACAGCCUGUCCUUUUCUACACAACAAGCGCCACCUUUUCAGUACGUGGUUGAGAUUUUAACUGCAGUUGACUCAACAAAUAGAAACUUAACGACUUUCUUGGGAUACUCUUCUGAUCCAGCGCAGGGAUUUCAGAGUCUGACUGCUCUUUUUUUUUUAAUUUUAUUUUAUUUUGUUUUAUUUUGAACAUCUCUUGCAUUGCAAUUGGCCAUGGGUGAGUGCGUGCCACUGACUCUGUCAUCAGCAAUAACUGGUGUGCUGGGGCCAACAAAGACCUCUUGGAGUUACACCUCUUCUGUACAACCACACAAUCCAGUUGAUAGCAACCAGCACUGACAUGGCUACAAAGUAUUUUGAUUUCCCAGCAGACACUUGUUUUUUACAUCCACUCCUUACACCUUUGGACUUCCUGAACUGUUUCCCUGUUGUUGUGUCAGCACUUCUGAAACUGGCAGAAACUGAAGGGGGGGGUUUCUGUUAAAUUCCACUUUGUAAAAUAUGUAAACAGCAAGCUCUUAUCUGGGAAAAGUUCAGCCAUCCAGUCACAAUGAUAGAAAUAUUUCAAGAUUAUUGCAGGGCCUGAUACAUUGUGUAUCUGUUCCAAGAAAUAAGAGGGGAGAGGGUGAUGUGGGGAUAAGGAUUUAAUUGGUAAAAGCAAUCCCUUGGUGGUUUUUGGUAUGUUCAUUGCCAGUAGUUGUUGCCUUGGAAGAAAAGUGUAAAAAGGAUUAAAACUCGUGAGUCUCUUCCAAAGGAUUUUUUUUUUCUUAAUCUUCCUUCUAACCUGCCAGUCCAGAGAAUGGCUCCUCCAGAAGACACAGCAUCUGCAAUCUCAGUGACAGCACUUGACCACCUUUGUGAUGGUGUUUUCUGUUGUCUGUUCCACAUCAGUUCUACAAUUCUCAUUCUGCACAGAACAAGGGUGGUUUAUGGCAGCAGAAGCACAGGGCUCAACUCAUCCUGAUCCAACUGAAGGACUGUUUAACACAACUGAAGGCAAGUGAGCCUUUCAGGCUUUUUAUAGACUAUCCUCUCUAAAUUAAAAAUAAAAGAAAAAGUGGCACUUAAUGAAGGAGGAGUGCUUACAUGUUAUAAAUCAGGUUUGUUUCAUGACCUAUAUCUGGCUUCUGGCUGAGGAACUCAACAAGAUGUAUCUUUAAUUUUGUAGCUCAUUACAGAUUUUAAGCUUGUUCCAUUCCUACUAAUUUGAAGUGUGGCAAUGGCAGCUGUAGUUCAGAAGCAUUUUAACAGGUGAUCCUUCCAUCUUUCCAUACCUGUCUCCUUCCAUCUUGAAUGAGUUUUACAGACUCUGUGUCACCUGUGUGCUGUAGAGAGUUCUUUUUUUGGGUCUGCAAAACAUAAAACUGCAUCAGAGCAGCUGAGCUUGGGAUUGGAAACAUUGCCAGACUGUGUCACUGAGGGAGGGGAUUGUGAACCUGGAAAGGUACAGGAGCAGAGGGUGGGGUGUUCCUGAGGAAAGCAUCAAAGGAGGGGAGAAACUGGUUUAAAGUCAGUGACCUCUGUUCUCAAGUGACAUAGUAAAUGAAGCAUGAGAAAUGCAACCCAUAUUACUCCCUCUUGUUUUUCCCGUUUACUGAAAGUUCAUGACUAAAUGGAGGAUAAAUUAACAAGUUGUAGAAAACUGGGAGGAUACAAAAGACAGAGCCUUGAAAACUAUUUGGAUAAAAGAGACAAAUACUAGACCUAAGAGUAUGAGAAGAUGGAAAGGAGUACAGGAGCAGGGAGCAGAAAUGUGGAGAACUGAGAUGCUACAUUGCCAGCAAGCAAUCCUGGAGGAAGAGGUUGCCUGUCUAGGUACUACAGAUGACAAUGUUUAGGUCAGUCACCUGUGGAGGUGUGUAGCCAGUAAAAGAAAAGAAAUGCAGAUUUGAUAUUUGUAGCUAGGCAGCUGGAUUUUCUAAAUGUAGAUCAGUUUUAUUUCUCUAAAUUUUCUAUUUCCAUGUUUUUACCACAGCUGACAUGGUGAACUGGGGCUGAGAAAAACUGACACACAGUGAAACCUGUAGCUGUGGGAGGAGGUGGCCUAGUUCUUGACGUGCAAAUAAAUAAAUUGAUUUUGUCUUGAAUUAUAUUAGUAAUCUAAUGCUUUGCUCACAAAUCUUAAAUUAGGAUUUUUUUCUGAUGAUUUAGAAGGCAUUUGGUUACCUCCACUGCACUGAUGGCAUCUUUGGUGCCUUUGGUUCCUUCUGCCUUAAAACACUUGGUCAAUUAGAGCACGGUGCUUAUUUUUGUUUUCAGUUGGUGGCUCUGAAAUCCUCACCUAGCCUUUCUUGUGAGGUUAUUUGUGGAAAUACAAGGUUAUUCAUUUCAGGAAAUAAUGUAGCUCUUGGUGAAGGAAUAACAAAAACUUUGCUUUAGUUGAAUUGGCAGCAUUAUUGUAAAUAUUUUUUUUUAGAGCAUCUGUACAUUUUGACAGUGGUGUUUUCAUGUGUGGGAGAAAUAUUUCAGUGCUGGAGGAAGACAGCCUCUCCAUAAUGUUUCUGCUCUUCAGCUGAAGGCUAAUCUCUGUCCUAGAGGACCCUCUGAGGGUUAGAAGUUAGAAGCAAGAGUAUUGCUCUGACAUAGGUAUUAUUUUUCAAUGAAUAAUUACUUGUAAACGUCUUCAAAACAGUUAGAACUUUUUUCCCCACUAAGCCCUUCAUAUAUAGGUUCUCUGAUCAGUUAUUGUAGAAUGUGUAUUAAGACCUAUGGACUUGUGUUAUAUAGGAAGUCUUAUUGUUAAUACUUAAGUGAUGUGAAAGCCUGAGUGCUCCUGUCAUAUUUUUCAUUGGUUUUGGGUUAUGUGUAUUCACUUCUAAAAGUUUGCUUCUUGAGAUUGGAGUUACUGGUCGACACCAUGUUACCAAAAAAGUUGCUUUUUUUUUUUUUUCCUGGGUAAAUUUCUAAAAUUGGAAACAUCAUUGAGUUCAAAUCUGGUGAGUAAUUAAAUGAGAAUUCUUUGUGGAUUGGCUACACUUGAGUAAAAACUCCACUUUGGGAGUGCAUAAAAGAGUGGAUGAGGAUAGAAGAAGAGGCUUGGGAAGAAACGUGGUCAAUUGACCCAGAGAGCACUGGAGUGGCAAACUGAUCAAAAACCAGUUUUAUAUGCGUGUAAAGAAAGGGAUGUGGAAAAUGGUCCUCAAGUGAUGCUAAACGGCUUUAAGGCCUUGCAUGUUAAAAAGAGGGAGGGGAGGGGGGAAAUAAAACCUUUUACUUGUGAGCGGGCGUGGGUGGGUACUGAGAUUAGCGUGAUGCGAAGUUUGUACAUAGUUUAAAGUUUAUAACUUUUUUUUUUUAUAUAUAUGACGCAUUUUUUUCCAAGUGUAUUUCGGUCUUUAAUAGAUGCAAUUGUAAGUACUGUGUACACUAUCCAGCUAAUAAAAAUUUAUAAACGAA